AUGUACCGCCUGGUUUUACAAGUCCUGGAAGAAGAUCCGAACUUGCCCAUCCGGCAAGGAGAGAAAGGCGAUGUUGAAUUUUUCUCGGCGCGAACCGGAGAAGUUCUUCACCGUCUUUGGAAUUAUACUAACAAAGGAAUCGUGAGCCUCACUGAGUUCAAUUCGAAUGGGACAAGUCUAAUGAUAGCUCAAGGUUAUCAAGUUCGCGUUGUCGGGGUCAAGUACCCGAAAAGUGUCAGAUUCCCUCGAGAAUCCGAAUUUAAAGCCAUGAUGAAGUCUUCUCGUAAAGAUGACAGCUCGGAUUCUGAUGGCGAUGAUCCUCCUCAAGAAAAACGUAAGCGCAACGUGACUAAGAAAAAACCUCCCGCUGGAAAAUCUCGUGGUGCAGGAAGAGGAAAGAAGAAAGCGUGAUUACUACGCGUUAAUCCGGUGAGACUAUUCAGUUGUUUUGAUCGAAUGGUGUUUUAUAAUUUGUCAUUGAUUCCAUUGAGGAUGGAUGUGGAAAUGUCAUGUCCUUGAAACAAAAGCGUACGGGUUUUUUUCCACAUUUUGCGCAAGAAGAAAAAUGGAACUUAUGAAUCUGAAAA